UCUGUUGCACGGCAACACAGAGAUAGACAGGACACACAACCAUGCACACACACUCACACUUAGGGAGAAUUUAGAGAGAACAAUUAACCUGAGAGUCAUGUUUGUGGACUGUGGGAGGAAACCGGAGUACCUGGAGAGAACCCACUAUGCAUGCACAGGGAGAACAUGCAAACUCCAUGCAGAAAGACCCCGGGCCUUUCUGCAUCAAACCCAACUGUGCUACCAACUGCGCCACUGUUUGGCUUCAAAAUGACAAUAAAAGUUUAUGGUUCCAACCUAGCAAACACAAUUGUGUGCUGACUAGCUUGCAUGUCAAAUUACUAUAUACCAGCAACCAGCACAAUAUUUGUCAGGGGUUGGUUCCCGGUGAAUUGACUUUUGGAGCAUUAGAUCCAAACAUUGGGUCAUAAGCAUGCUGCUUUAACUGGUCAGGCAAAAAGUCUUACUGGUGUUUCGUCAGUGUCUAGUGUGAUCCCACUAUUCAAUCAGGUUGGAGAGAGAUUUGGUCUAGAUUAACACCCUUUCAUGUUGAUUAAAUGCUUGCAAUAUAGUUGUGAGGAGUUAAUCCUUGGUUUUCUUUAUCUCUUCAGUGUAGUGUAUAGCUGACGACUGUUGCUCCCUAUGUCUGUUGGAUCCCAGAUCUGGCAUACAGUGAAAUGUCUCGUGCCGUGUUUCCACUGUGGGAGGAGCUGGCUGAAGCCGUCAAGGAUUGGGAAGAUGUGGUCAUUGCUCAAAUCGACGCCUCAGCCAAUGAUAUCAACAUGUCAAUGCAGGGUUCCUACCCAUCCCUCUGCCUGUUUCCUGCUUUGUACGCUGAGAGGGUGGUGGUUUAUACUGGGAAAAGGAACAUAAAAGACUUGGUUAGGUUUAUGGAUAAAGAAAUGAGAAAGGCCAAAAGAGACAGAGUUAAGGAGGAUGAAGACAGGAGGAAGUACAUGGAGACUCUCAAGACAGAGGAAGCAAAAAAAAACAAAUCCAAAGAUGAGCUUUAAUACAGCAACUCAAAGUAAUAUGUCUGUAUGUGUCAUUUGCCUUUUAUUAAAUUUUUUAAAACAUGUUUUUUUUUUUUACUUGAACCACAUUCUUGUGAAAAGUAUUUGCUACCUUGUAGAAGACCUCUAUUUAUAGAGACUCACACUUUGAGCAAAUAAUUUCCAUAUAUUAUUACAUUUUCUUUAUUAACAUCUAAAUCAAGCUUAGAAAUGGUUAAAUCAAGAAUGAAAUGCAAAUGAUCACAUUUUCUAUUCAUUUUCACUGGGUACCCAGUGAAAAUUGGGGGCAGUAAUAGCCAGACCUGUAGAAUCAGAAAAUCCCUUAAGUGCUAGGGUUGGUGGUGGGUCCGACUCAAGGUAGAGUUUGAUGAUGUAGGGUAAAAGAUUUUCAAUGAUCCAAUUCUUCAAUGAUCUGAUUGAAGAACUUUCACAAACAGAUAUUUGCAUGCAUGACCAGGUUGUUUUGAAUUCUUUAAUAAAUUAAAUUGUUUUUGAAAAC